AUGACAACUAUGUCGAGUAAUUUAGCUAACGCUUUUUUCCCUUUAGAACUAAUUUUAAAAUUCUUUGCACUCGGAAAUUUCGAAAAUCUUCCCGGAAAACUAAGCGCAUAUUUCAGUAACUUGUAUGUAAUAAUUAUCUGGCUUAUUUACUUCAGCAUUUCCAUUUAUUUGCAGAAUCACAACUUCAUUUGUCAAGAUAUAAUAGGUUUUAUAAUGUUCAAUACUAAAUUAUUUACUAUGAUGAUAACAGUGAUCGGUUCGCAGUAUUAUAAGCAAAGAUGGAAACGAUGCUUGGACAAAAUUACUAUGAUAAACGAUACACUGGAAAGACUUCAUAUUCCAAAUAAAUAUCAAAGUUUACAUAAUAGAAUAAAGCGUAAUAUUCUCAUAUGGAUAUUAGUUUCUGUCAGUAUAAAUAUAACAGAAUUAUCGUGGUACAAGGAUAGCUUAAAAGAGAUGAAACCAUAUUUAUUUUUAUUUAUAAUAAAUCAUUGUUCAGUUGCUAAUAACUUGAUGGACCUGAAAUAUGAAUCUUUUAUUUGGUAUACGGCGUCGAUCUUUGAAAAAAUUAACAAAUAUAUUUUACAUUUAACCACGAACAAAAAUUCAGAAGCAACACGGAUAAGCACAGCUUUCAAAAGAUCAAAUUACCAACGUUUCAUUGAUACUCCUCACCAUAAACAAAGUCUAUUAACAAUAAUGCACGUACACCUGGAACUUUCAAAAACAUGUUAUGAAUUCCACGAAACGUUCCAAAUACAACUAACCACUGACAUGAUGACUCAAUUUAUAUACGUACUGGGAUUUGUACAGGCACAGCAUACAUAUUUUUCAUUCAAAUUAUCGUAUAUAUUUGAUUUUAUACCCGUAGUAUUGUCGAUAGCUAUAUCAUUCUUUAAAGUGAUAUCUCUAAAUAACACCAUCGAAAAAUGUUGCACAAAGGUAAAACAUACUGAGCACGCGCUUCAUAUUUUGAGAGAUUUCACCUACGAUUCAGAAAGACAAGAAGAGAUUUUCCAAUUUAUUCUACAAAUUACACAAAAAUGACUAAGGCUUUCCGGGCUGGGUCUAUUUGAUUUUGGCCAUCACUUCGUUUACAAGUAUUUCGUGAUUAUGAUAGAUUGCAUUAUUAUCAUCGAGCAACUGAAUGAUUUCUCAAAUUAUCCACCGUAAACGUUCCGUAACAUCUAUAAAACUAUCGUAUAUCAUCGUUUCCGGCUGUAAGCAUAGUGAAAUCGGUAUCUC